AAAGCUCCCGGUAGUUGUGAUAGCAAAGUUUGGAGUCAAAUAUUGUACGAGUAAAUGUACAAAAUAUUUUGUGAUCGAAGAAGGCUACCGAAACUCAAACCGUAAACUACCCACAACGGUACACCAGUCAGCAUGAAAAUGUUCCGGCCAUUGGUCGGUACCGUUUUCCUGGCUUUGCUGGGUUUAACAUACGGGCAGUUCGAGCCUCAUGUCAUCGGUGGCCGAUCGGCCUAUGUCCAUUUGUUCGAAUGGAAAUGGACCGACAUCGCGGCGGAAUGCGAACGCUUUCUUGGUCCCAAAGGUUUCGGUGGCGUCCAGAUCAGUCCACCCAACGAACACCGCGUCGUCACCAGUCCGCAUCGCCCAUGGUGGGAACGGUAUCAGCCAGUCAGUUAUCAGCUGAUUUCUCGCUCGGGAAACGAAGCGGAAUUCAUCGAUAUGGUCAAACGGUGCAACAAUGCUGGAGUCCGAAUUUACGUGGAUGCCGUGAUCAAUCAUAUGGCACGAGAUAGCGGCCUUGGUACAGCAGGGAACACUUUCGAUGGCAAUACUCUGCAGUUUCCUGGUGUUCCGUACGGCCCAGGCGAUUUUACUGGAAGAGAAGAGUGCAAAACCUGGAACGGACUUAUCAAUCCUCAAGACGGUGAUUACGCGGAUGCCGAAAUAGUGCGUAAUUGUCGCCUGGAAAACUUGCCUGAUCUUGGUGUUUAUAAGGCGUAUACCAAAGGGAAAAUUCAAGAGUAUAUGAAUAAGCUGAUUAAUAUUGGAGUCGCUGGAUUUCGAGUGGAUGCGGCAAAACACAUGUGGCCGGCUCAUAUAGAAAUACUGUUAGGGGAACUGAACAACCUGAACACCACUUAUUUCCCCGCCGGAACUAGACCCUACAUAUAUCAAGAAGUUAUUGAUUUGGGUGGCGAACCGCUCGGCCAAUUCGCAUAUCUCACUACGGGCCGCGUAACGGAGUUUAAGUACGGCAAAUUCCUCAGUGAAGCCGUUCGAAAGGAAAACGGCCAGAUGCUAAAAAACCUUCGAGACAUUGGACCCAGCUGGCCGGGUUUUUUGCCAGGAAUGCAGGCUGUGACCUUUCUAGACAACCACGACAAUCAACGCGGACACGGAGCCGGCGGCAGAAUUCUGACAUUCCGGGAAUCAAGAAUGUACAAAAUAGCCAAUGCAUUCAUGUUAGCGCAUCCCUACGGAUUCCCGCAAGUGAUGAGCAGCUAUCUCUGGACACAGAGUAUUAACCCACAAACCGGCAAAGACGAAAACGAUUGGAUUGGGCCUCCCAGUGAUGCGGACGGCAAUACUCAGAGCGUAUCGAUAGCUGCUAGCGGAGCAUGUGAUAUCGCUAGUGGUUGGAUUUGCGAACAUCGCUGGAGACAAAUUACGAAUAUGGUGGGCUUCCGUAAUGCCGCCGGGAUGGGUGGAUUAGUGCACUGGUAUGAUAACUGGGCAAACCAGAUCGCCUUUGGACGUGGUGUGGAGGGGAACACAACCGCUUUCAUUGUGAUCAACAACGAUGCUUACCACUUCGCCUUGACGUUGCAAACUGGUCUACCGCCGGGAACCUACUGCGAUAUCAUCUCGGGCGGUCUCGAAAAUGGCCAGUGCACCGGGAAAUCUGUCGCAGUGAAUGCCGAUCGAACUGCACAUUUUUCUAUCAGUAAUUACGAUGAAGACCCGAUUGUUGCACUGCACAUUUACGCCAGAUUGUAAACGCAAAACUUGGCGAUCAGUCUUUUAAAUUGCCGGAUGUGAUUGUAUAUAUCGUGUUAAUUGCAUACCACCAUUUCUCUGUUUGCAGUGUUUAAAUUUCCGACCUUUCAGAUACUUAAUGUGAUCUGCUUGCGUUUUGUCAUUUGGGUUAUUUUAGGAUGUUGAACUCGUAUAAAAUUGUUGUUUUUCA